UGAAUGCGUCCAGCAAGUAAGCUGUGGUAUAACAACUCCUAAAAUUUGAAAGGAAAUUCCAUAAUUUUUAAGUCCUAUUAGGCUCUGAUUUACUCUAUUCAGCUAUCAUCAGGAGGUUAAUUAGAGAUUAAGCGAUAAUCGCUUCAAAUAUAACUUAAAGAUGUUAUUGCAACAUUUAUAUGCAUUAGUGGCCCUCUGGUCACCCAUUAGCUUUAGUUUCUCAUAAUUUAACUUAUUUUAGGCAUAACAAAAGAUAUUGUCUCCCUGAUGAACAACUUCUCAGGCCGAAUGAUGAAAUCAGAAUACUCAAAAAUCGUGACCAAAAAGGAAAGAAAUUUAAAGCUUUUACAUGGGAAGAUGAGCCUUUAAUGCCAAUGGUGUCAGGAGUCUCAUCAAAGGUGAGCUUUAAUGACAGCACAAUAAAAUAAACUAAUUUCUGAAUCCCAAGACAAAUGGAACUUAGAAGACGACACCCUUCUCAAAGAAAUUGAAGGCGAAGCCUCCGGUGUCCUUAACCCUGACUCUGUCGAUCUGUUAAAAGCAAAACGGAAAGAAGGAACAGUGAAAAACGAUGAUUUUGGUAACGAAGAAGAUAAAAACGAGAUGGAUAAUCUACUUGAUCAUGGUCUCGAUGAUUUGUUUUUAGGGUUUGAUACUGAAACAAGGAGGGAUAAAAUUGUGAAAGCUUUACAUACACCUUCAGGCUUGUCAGAAAAUCUAUUGAGGCAUAGCUCUAAUGCAACCGAGUUUGAGAGAUUGGCAAGUCAGAUUUUGAAUGAGCAAAGUAAGAUCGAGUCUAAAGGAGGCUCAAGGAAUUUCUCUGAGUCAAAGUUUAAGAACGGUAUGAGUGCCCAUGCCAGUCACCAGAGAAAGUUAGAAGAAGCCGAGCUUGUUUAUAUGGAAAAUAUAGAUAACCAGCCUGAUGAGAAAGUCGUAGCUAAGCGAAAAUGAGCAGCUCAGUAUACUCCUUAUGGAGUAUAUGCCAAGCAAACCGGGGGACUUGGCAAAGCGACACUCAAGACUUACGUCAGGCCUGAUCUGAUGUUCUACUCUAAGUAUGAUAAACGCCUUCUUGCUGAAGUGCAUAAAACUAACAAAGCAACGAAGAAGAAUAAAUUGAUAUAAUAAACCAGAAAGUUUUGAUCUUAGAAGAAGAUAAUGACUUUCUUCUCGUAUGACCGCUGUCUAAGAAUGUCAUCAACAAGACUAGCAAUCCUGAGGAGGUCUUUAAGAUUCCUGUAGACAACUUGAAGCCUCUUUUUGAUCAGUACCCCGAAGGAACCAGGGGUUAUGAGAUCAGGGACUGGACAAAUUACGGCAAAUCAGAGCUAAUCACUGCUGAUACUUCUUCAUGGAAGGAAGAAUAUGAGUUUCUACAUCCUUGCAAAUAAUGUGAAGCCUCAAGGCCUUGCUUUUGCUACAAAGGAUUUUAACCUAAAAUAGCAUGGAUAAGAUGGUUAAACAGACUAGAGAGGUGCGGUUCCUCCCUUUUAUGAAAAGCGAUCCUAUUAUUAUAACCGCAUUUGCGAACCAAGAAGGCUGGAUGGAAGGCUAUACAGCUAGAGCAAGCACCUGUAAUGUUGGUGUUUUUCAUAUUGCUUUUGUCAAAGUCUGAUAUUAA